AUGGAUCCUCCACGCGAUCCAUUAUUUAACUUCUCACUAAUUUCAUAUAAUGACCCUAAUGAAGCCAAUCAAAACCCACAACCUCCAAUCACUCAAUUCCCCUUUCUUCUUGGAAUGAGCAAUGUGAAUUAUCAGCAAUUACCUUUCUUGUUUCAAGGUGUUCCCCCAACCUAUCAUCCAUCAUAUUCUAGUUUUACUCCAAUGUCUACUCCCACUGGGGUUUCUCAUCCUACUCAUACAACAAAUAUACCUUUGCGAGAAUUUCCUAAGUACUCCACUCAAGAAAUGCCAACACCUCAAGAAACACGACCACCAAACAUAUUGAAAACUCGAUGGACAAAUAAGGAUGACAUGAUGUUAUGCAGCGAAUGGCUCAACAUUAGUAAAGAUGCUGCAGUUGGAAAGGAUCAAAGUGGUAAUAGCUUUUGGAAUCGAGUUGUAGAAUUUUAUAAUCUGUACCGGAGCCAACCUGAGCAAGCCAAAAGGAAUAAAAUGGGAUUGCAGAAUCGUUGGGGGAGGCUAAAUCAUUCAGUUUCAAAAUUCGCCGGCUAUUAUGAAUAG